CUAGUGUCAUCAUCACCAUCCCAGAAGUUGACCAGUCUGGUACCCUGCGCUGCUGUAUCAACGUGUAUCCAUCGUCAGGAGCGACGACUCCCCGGGAGACACACAAACGCACAUAUACGUCGAACCGUUAAGCCUCCUUCCCGGACACUGGAUACCGGACACCGCUGAACAACCACGGUGUUUUGAAUCCUGCUCCCAGUUCGUCCGGCCUCCUCGAAAUCCUCCGAGGCCCAUCCAGCGGUGUGACUCCUUCGUCUCCUUCUUCCUCCUCUCCGUGAGCAGACAUGCCUGCAGCGGUGGGUGGGCCCGUGGGGUACACCCCUCCAGAGGGCGGCUGGGGCUGGGCGGUGGUGGCCGGCGCCUUCAUCUCCAUCGGCUUCUCCUACGCCUUCCCCAAAUCCAUCACCGUCUUCUUCAAAGACAUCGAGGCCAUCUUCGAUGCCACGCCGAGUCAGGUGUCCUGGAUCUCUUCCAUCAUGCUGGCCGUCAUGUAUGGAGGAGGUCCGAUCAGCAGCAUCCUCGUGAACAAAUUCGGCAGUCGACCGAUCAUCAUCCUCGGUGGCUGUCUGGCGGGGUCGGGGCUGAUCGCAGCCUCCUUUUGCAACACUGUGGAGCAGCUCUACUUCUUCAUAGGAGUAGUGGGAGGUUUGGGACUGGCGUUCAACUUGAAUCCCGCCCUCACUAUGAUCGGUAAAUAUUUCUACAAGCGCCGGCCCAUCGCUAACGGCAUAGCUAUGGCGGGCAGCCCGGUCUUCCUGUCCACUCUGGCUCCUAUUAACUCCUGGCUGUACGACGAGUUCGGAUGGAGAGGCAGCUUCCUCAUCCUCGGAGGGCUUCUGCUCAACUGCUGCGUGGCCGGAUCCCUCAUGAGGCCCAUCGGACCCAAAGCUCCACCUCCCAAGCCCGAGUCAGAGGUAGCCGAGGCUAAAGCGGGGCAGCCUAAGAAGACGGUCAUGCAGACCAUCAACUCCUUCAUCGACCUGACGCUGUUCAAACACCGCGGCUUCCUGCUGUACCUCAUGGGCAACGUCGUCAUGUUCUUCGGCCUCUUCUCUCCGCUCGUCUUCCUCUCCAAUUACGCCAAGAGCAAAGACAUCAGCAAGGAAAAGGCCGCCUUCCUGCUGUCGGUGCUGGCGUUCGUCGACAUGGUCGCCCGGCCCUCCAUGGGCCUGCUGGCCAACACCAACUGGGUCCGGCCCAGAGUGCAGUACUUCUUCGCCGCCGCCGUCCUCUACAACGGAGUGUGUCACGUUCUGGCGCCGCUGUCGGUCGAUUACACCGGAUUCGUGAUCUACGCCCUUUUCUUCGGUUUCGCGUUCGGCUGGCUGAGCGCGGUGCUGUUCGAGACGCUGAUGGACCUGGUGGGGGCGCAGAGGUUCUCCUCAGCUGUGGGUCUAGUCACUAUAGUGGAGUGUGGACCGGUGCUGCUGGGACCACCGCUCACAAGUACUUUCUUUAACUACUACAAGUCAUACGACUACACGUACAUCUGCUGCGGCAUCAUCCUCAUCGUCUCCAGCGUCUUCCUCUUCGUGGGAAUGGGCAUCAACUACAGACUGUUGGCGCGAGAGAAAAAAGAGGAGGAGAGAAGAGAGCGGGCGGAAGCCAAGGAUGAGCAGAAAGCAAUGCUGGCGCCCGCCUCGCCCUCGAAAUCGGUCGAGGACGGCGAGGAGAACAACGUACAGGCCGGCGUCACGCUGGACGACGUCGCCAAGAUGGACGAGGACACGGUGUAGAGAAAGAAAAAAAAAAUCCAAACGACGGGACUUGAGAAGGACGCACACACACUGCAUCACACGCUUCACAGAAAAACACACUUUAUAGAGAGAGAGAGAGAGAGAUAAUACUUCAUACCCUCGUACACAACCCUGAAGCCAUAGAGACAAAAACAAAUACUUUUAUCUUUUAAAAAAAAACUGAAGACCAGCUGCCGUGACGCGCUCGUCACACGCAGCGUUUCACCGCUUUCAGACCUCUGGUUUUUUGGUAUUUGACGUGCCUUUGGUAAACUCAAGUCCUCCCAGUGUAAGAGAAUAAUCGAGUAACUUAAUGAGGACUCUACUCUCAGGGUCUUGAGCUGCCGUAAAGGUUCACACACACACACACACACACACACACACACACACACACACACACACACACACACACACACAGAUUUUGUUACAGUAGCUUCUUAGAGAUACUGUACGUUUUCCCUUCACACACACUUGCAUCGCUUCACUCCUCAAGGGCUGGACAUACAUUAAAAGGGACUAAUACGUUAGUAUUAGUGUAGGUACAGUUUAUCUGUAUAUCUGUGGCGUGUUCACGUGUUAGUUUAAAGUGGGAAAAUUUCCAGGUUUAAUUUUUUUUUAAUCACAAGAAGAAUUUGGGAGAAAAAGAAAUCUGGAAGCACGCAGGAGGAAGAAGUGUUUUAAUGUUGGCAGCAGUUUUUAAAAUGUAACUAUAUCUAAACAUAGAUAUAGAAUAAAAAUAGUUUAAAGGGGUCAUAUCAUGCACAUUUCCAGGUCUGUAUUUAUAUUCUGGGGCUUUACUGGAAUAU